GCGGUGCACUGUGGGAUGGGAGACCGGCGCGCCGGGACGGCGGGCAUCUCGGGGCACCGGGCAGAGGCGCGGCGCGCGAGGAGGGGCGCGAGCGGUCGCGGGCGGCAGCGCCAUGAACGCGGCAGUGGUGCGGCGGACGCAGGAGGCUCUGGGCAAGGUGAUCCGGAGGCCGCCGCUCACCGAGAAGUUGCUCAACAAGCCACCGUUCCGCUACCUGCACGACAUCAUCACCGAGGUGAUUAGGAUAACUGGCUUCAUGAAGGGCCUCUACACAGAUGCUGAGAUGAAGUCAGAGAACGUCAAGGAUAAAGAUGCAAAAAUUAGCUUCUUACAGAAGGCCAUAGAUGUGGUCAUGAUGGUGUCAGGAGAACCCUUGGCAGCAAAACCAGCUAGAAUCGUGGCCGGGCACGAACCUGAAAGAACCAAUGAGCUGCUUCAGUUGAUUGGCAAGUGCUGCCUCAACAAGCUCUCCAGUGACGAGGCAGUGAAGAGAGUCUUAGCUGGGGAGAAGGGGGACUCGAGAGGGCGGGCCCAGCGGCCGUCGAAAGCACAAGAGCCCGACAACAAGGUUGUGAAGGAGGAAGAGUCCAGAAUACACAGAGAGGAUAAACGAAGCUCUGAGGUCAAGGAGAGAAGCGCAAGUGCCGAGCACAGACAGAAGGAGGAGCUGAAGGAGGACAGCAAGCCUCGGGAGAAGGACAGGGACAAGGAGAAGGCCAAGGAGGCCGACAGAGACCGGCACAGAGACCCUGACAGGGACAGAAACAGAGACGGAGAGCGAGAGAAGGCCAGAGCCCGGGCCAAGCAGGACAGGGACAGAAGCAACAAAGAUCGGGACAGAGAGGCAGAGAGGGACAGGGAGAGGGACAGGAGGAGCGAGGGUGGGAAAGAAAAAGAGAGGGUGAAGGACCGAGACAGAGACCGAGACAGAGACAGAGACCGCGACCGCGACCGAGACCGCGAGAAGGGAAAAGACCGGGAACGGCGGAAGUCGAAGAAUGGGGAGCACAGCCGGGAUCCUGACCGGGAGAGAAGCAGAGAUGCAGACAAGCUGGAGAAAAAGUCCUCAAGCUCAGGGGAGACAUCUAAGAAGUCAGAUGGAUCUUUCAAAGAUGUCAAAGCAGAGAUGGAGGUUGACAUUUCUGUGGGAGCACCCAGGUCCUCGACGUUAAAAGCAUCAAAACGGCGAUCCAAGAAUUCGCUGGAAGGAAGGAAAGAGGAUAAUAUUUCAGCUAAGAUUUUAGACUCCAUAGUGUCGGGACUAAAUGACGAACCAGAUCAGGAAACGACCACUUCAGAAAUAGGUGACUCCCCCAUCGACGCAGAAGUUGAAGCUGGACCUAAUGGCCAAGAUAAACCAGAGGUGACAGAGAAUGCCGAAGUCCCCAGUGAGCUUCCCUCCAGCCUCAGAAGAAUACCUCGGCCAGGGAGUGCACGGCCAGCACCUCCCAGGGUCAAACGACAAGAGAGCACAGAGACACUGGCGGGAGACAGGUCAGGAAGUGGUAAAACUGUCUCCAGCGUGAUCAUCGACUCCCAGAACUCCGACAAUGAGGACGACGAGCAGUUUGUGGUGGAAGCUGCCCCUCAGCUCUCGGAGAUCGCAGAAAUUGAAAUGGUGCCGUCAGGGGACCUGGAGGAUGAGGAGAAGCAUGGUGGCCUUGUGAAAAAGAUCUUGGAGACGAAGAAGGAUUAUGAGAAAUUGCAGCAGUCUUCCAAGCCUGGUGAGAAGGAGAGGUCACUCAUCUUUGAGUCAGCAUGGAAGAAGGAGAAGGACAUCGUUUCCAAGGAGAUAGAGAAGCUCCGUGUGUCCAUCCAGACCCUGUGUAAGAGUGCCCUUCCCCUGGGGAAGAUCAUGGACUACAUCCAGGAGGAUGUCGACGCCAUGCAGAAUGAGCUGCAGCUGUGGCACAGUGAGAACAGGCAGCAUGCUGAAGCCCUGAGCAAGGAGCAGAGCAUCACAGACAGUGCGGUGGAGCCCCUGAAGGCCGAGCUGUCAGAGCUGGAGCAGCAGAUCAGAGACCAGCAGGACAAGAUCUGUGCGGUGAAGGCCAACAUCCUGAAGAAUGAGGAGAAGAUCCAGAAAAUGGUGCACAGUAUCAACCUGUCUUCCCGAAGGUGAACGGCCAGCCCUGCAGAGAUGGAGCCAUCUUCCUCCUGAUGGACGAGGGGCAGGAACGGUCCCUCUGAGCCCCAGCCUGCUGAGAAAAUGGCCUGCUGUGCCCUGACCCGGCUAAGGCCGGUCGGAGCUGUCGGUUUAGGCUUACACUUAUUAAAAGGCUGUGUUCCUCCUUCCAGCUGCAGUACUCACUACUUCUAGCCUCCAGCUCGCCUUUGUGGGAGGGCUUAGUUCUUUGUGUUUUGGCAAAUAUGUUUUCUGCUGCAGCCUGUUUGACCCUGUACCCUAGUGUCCUAGCAGGUAAGUUGUCUCAUCCUACUGAGCGAACAGCAGGCCUUUAUUUCUGCCUUUGAGUCCCCCGGGACUUCAUACUGUCACCGAGCAAAGGACAACUGUGUAUUUUUUGGUGGGUAUUUUAUAAAUAGAAUGAGGCCCGAAGUGGUUAAAUUGCCAUUUUCAUUACCCCUGAAGGGUGUCAUGUGAGCCGUGUCCUUGUAGGGUGCCUGUCACCUGGGCAGGGUUGCCGCCCUCUCAUUGCACAGGCUUUUCUCCACAGCCUCCCCAUGACCCUGCUGUCUGCUUCUAGCCCUUAAGGAGAAUUUAGCCCCGCCUUUAUGGGCAUUGUGUGAGGGACCUGCCAUGGGACUCCGCCACAGCCUUCUGCCUCCAGCAGCUGCCAGCCUGCUCCUGAUGGACAAGCAGUGCCCCAGGCCUCCUUAAGAGGACAUUGUCACAUGAAGGGGUGGUGGCAUGGCCCUUUCUCCUCCAUGAAGGCAUGCUCCGAGAGCUGGGAGUGAGGAGAGACCGUGAGGAAGAGGAUACACCAAUUUACAAUUUAUGUUUGUUUUCCUUUUUUUAAAGAUCCUUUUUUAAAAACAAAGGGUUUUUUUUAAUGGUUUAUAUUCAGUUUUUCACCUACUGUAAAUACUCAUUAAGGCCUUGAAUUAUUGUAUAAAGGAUCUCACUGUGUUUGGAGAUGUUCUUACUGGCAUAAGGUCUGAGGUGGUCCUUCCAUUUCUGGGUAUUUAUUAUGUGCACUGCAUCGGACCCUGGGACGUGGACUGCCUUAGCAUGGGUUUGUGCCUAAAGACUUGGUGUACGGGGCCCAGCCAGUGUCUCGGUCAGGUUAAGGGAGCAGCGCAGCUCUCAGCUGGGGGCCUGGACAGUGUGGGGCGCCCUUCAGCCCCUUAGUGCCCCCUGCCUGCAGCCACACCAUAUCACCCUGCCCAACAGAUGCUUCCAAUAGUUUAGGGGAGGGAAGGAUUGCUUGUCCACCAUCCUUUUGUAUGUUCACGACCUCUUUUCUACUGAAUUAAAUGACUUAGCCAUAGCCCAAAGUGGACCCCGUAUAUACCAAGUUAAUAUAUAUACAUAUAUAUGUGUAUAUAUCCUUUUAUGAAUUUGUAUAUAUGAAUAGAAUUUUUAUGUUGAGAAAAUUGCAUACAUUGUGAGUAAAAUUUUAUAUGCUGUAGUCUAUCAGAUUGUAUCAUAAAGUUUUAUUUUUCUUUUAUAUGUAAAUCAUUAAAAUAAUCACCUAUUUUUC